UAUGUAAUGACAAAUAUAUUAUACAUUAUGUUAGUCUAUUGUUGUGUUUUAGUAUUUACAUUUAAAUACCACAUACUAUACAGGAAUCACUUUGAAAAGUAUAAAUUACUACUACCAGUACGCUUUUUGUAUUGUAAUGUUGUAUUGUAAGAAAGAUGUAUAUUAUGGGAGUACAUUUUUUUAUGGAAACACAGAGAGAGAGAGAGAGAGAGAGAGAGAGAGAGAGAGAGAGAGAGAGAGAGAGAGAGAGAGAGAGAGAGAGAGAGAGGUAUUUUCACUAGUUUAAUUCCUGAAAAUGAGGACUGGGAAUGUAUGGUUUUAAACUUCUGUGUAGAAAAUUAAUAUGGCUGUUAUAUUAUAAGGCUCUGUUUAAAUAUCAAGUCUUUAGAUAUUUUCAGGUGAUUAAAAUUAUGAAUUAUUGUUUUUUUUGUUGUUUUUUGUAUUUUCAUAGAACAAAAGCAAAUGAGCAUAUUGUUUCAGAGAAGGUGCUGCCAGUAGAAUGCAGAGAAGUGCCACAAACCUCAACAAGUGUUCAUGUUUGGACCGCAUGUUAUACAUUGCCUAUAUUUCCUCCAGUUGUACAGAUGGCCCUUGAUAGAAGGGACAUUGGUUUCAAAUCAAAAGACAAAUCUGCCCUUCGUGCAGCUCUAAUACAGACUCUGUUUGAUGACCUCAGCAAAUAUACGCUGUAAGAACUGAGAUUUCGGUGUUUGUUUUAGAUACAUAGGCAACCAAUUUUAGAAUAAUUACAUAACAUAAAAUAGCAUAUUCAUUUUUAAAAGGAUUACUAUUUUUUUUAAAAUCUAUCAUAACAGCAAUAUUUUAUUCAAGAGAAAAAGUUUUAUUAAAUUAAUUUUGAUAAUGCUUUUCAGCAUGUUUUUUUGUAAAUUAAAGCAAUUGUAAAAUGCAACUGUAUUUCAUGACAUUAUUUCUCAAAUAUAUAUUUUUCUUACAAUUCACUUACAAUUCAUAUGCCUAUAUUAUUUUCUAAUCUGUAUAUUUAGGUAUCCAGACCACAUAAUGUACAGUACUGUGCUAAGUACUUUGUGCUGUAAGUACAGAUUUCUAAGGGAUGACAGCCAAACUGGAUAUGCUACUCUACUUGAAAUACUGAGAAAUAAAUUCAAAAAAGAGAGAAAGACACUUAUUUCAGUGGAGACUGUAGAAGACAUGAAAAAAAAGUUUGGUGCUGUGGGUCGAGGAAGGAAGCGUGCACCAGAGCAACAGCAACCGCUCAUGGAAAAGAGAAGAGAAUCUAUGCAAAGUGAGGAGUUCCCAGGAGAAGACGAGCAUAGUACUGUACACACUCGGGAAAGAAUGAUGGAGAAGAAGUCCACUGAAGAAGUCCUUGGUCUGUUUCCAUUCCUAAAGCAUCCUAAACUGCUGUUGCACGAAGUAGAACUACGUUUUGGAGUAAACUUGGAACGGAACCUAAUGAGUGGCCUAUCCAGAAUGGUAGAUCCUAUUUUCAGACUUUCUAGUGGGCAUCUUCUAACUACUGUGAUGUCCUACAUUGAAGAUGCUUCAGAUAAGACACAGGAAAAUGGACUGAGAAUGAAUGCUGCAUUGUUGCUGUUGCCAGCUUUGUUUCGAGAGAGGGAAAAUCUGUUGUUUGUUGUUGACCAAGUGAAGAAAUAGAUGGUGAGACUCUUUUAGGUCUGACAGAACAUAUGAUUGGAAAAAUCUUCCGAACUAUGAAGGACCAAGUCAAAUUUUUAAAGGCUCUCGAGAACCUUAAAAG